AUGGCGGUGGGGGGGGAUCCUGGGAAUUUCGGGGUGUGCUUCAUCCUCCCCAAAUUUGGGGUCUUCCUCCCCCAGCUGGACCCUCUGGAUCGCCGUGAGACCCCCAAGAGACGCCCCCACGGCGCCGCGCUCUUCGCCGUCCUCUCCAUCCUCUUCCUCCUCACCUUCCUCCUCCUCCUCCACCCGCGCCUCCGCGGCCGCGCCGGCGUCACCUGCGGCGACUCCUGCAGGAUCGCGCUGGUGGAGAGCAUCCCCGAGGGCAUGGCCGCGGGCGCCGCCGCCGGCCCGUCCACCUUCGAGGCGUGGCUGGAGCUGCUGGCCGGGGCCGCCCGCAGCGUGGACAUCGCCUCCUUCUACUGGACACUGAGCAACGGCGACACGCGCACGCACGAGCCCAGCGCCGCGCAGGUUUGCCCUUUUUGUGCCCUUUUUGUGCCCAUUUUAUGUCCAUUUCAUGCCACAUCGCCUCCUUCUACUGGACACUGAGCAACGGCGCCACGCGCACGCACGAGCCCAGCGCCGCGCAGGUUUGCCCUUCUUGUGCCCAUUUUAGGCCCAUU